CACUGAGGGGCGGUGAGUGUGAAGGAAGAGCUCGGGGCAUGUAGUCGGAAGCGUCCUAGAGUGAUGAACGCUGCCUCUCCCAGCUCCCUCUCCAAGCUCACCUGCUGCCACCAACCCGCGCACAGUCCCGCCACAAGCAUGCUUUGUGGGUCGGCGGCGGUGACCAGGUGCUUCUCCUGAAAGGUUCUUUUUCGUGGGGCUACUUCUUGCUGUCUUGAGGGCGGGACAAUGGAUCAGUCGGGAAACACUCAGACCCAGCCUCAACACGAACCCAUCAGUUUCGGUAUCGAUCAGAUCCUUAGCGGCUCUGACCAGGAGAGCUGUUUGCAGACCAGCGCCAGGGUGUCGGAGGCUGGUUACUUGGCCAAUCCAGCCAGCUACCCUACCCUCGCCGCUUCCUAUCCGGCCAUGGGGGCUACAUACGAGGACAGUCUGUCCGGAUCUUACAGUGUUAACCUGAGUAUGAACGUCAACGGCCUAGCAUCAGCCGGAGUGAUCAGAGUGCCGGCUCACCGGCCCAUCCCGCAGGCCGCAAUGUCCAAUAUGUCCAGCAUCGGCAGCGUCGCGGGGCUGAGCAGCCUCAACUUCCCCUGGAUGGAGAGCAGCAGAAGGUUUGCUAAGGACAGGCUAACAGCCGCCUUGACGCCCUUCACGGUAACGCGGCGGAUCGGUCACCCCUACCAGAACAGGACCCCUCCGAAGCGAAAGAAACCGCGCACCUCCUUCACCCGCAUUCAGAUCUGCGAACUUGAGAAGAGGUUUCACCGCCAGAAGUACCUGGCCUCGGCGGAGAGAGCGGCGCUCGCAAAAUCACUCAAAAUGACGGACGCUCAAGUCAAAACUUGGUUCCAGAACAGGAGAACUAAAUGGAGGCGGCAGACAGCGGAAGAGAGAGAAGCCGAGAGGCAGCAAGCCAACAGACUGAUGUUACAGCUUCAACACGACGCCUUCCAGAAGUCCCUCAACGACUCCAUUCAGCCCGACCCACUUUGCCUCCACAAUUCGUCGCUGUACGCGCUGCAGAACCUGCAGCCUUGGGUCGACGAGAACAGCAAGAUCCCAGUUGUCACGUCUUUGGUGUGAGACUGGAGAGAGGGCUCCACACACAAGACGAUUCUCCAGGGCGCUUAUUUGUGUUAUUUCUUUAAAUGAUGACUUGGAGAGAGAGAGAGUGUGUGUAACGGAUGGGGGUCGAGGUCUCGGCAGUUUGAACCAGCGGGUAAUAUCCCAGAGACAUUAAAAGCCCAGCACUCCUUCAAGCUAACCCGGACACAGCCAGUCGCAGUGACCCCCUCUGUACAUUAAGAAAUUCACUCCAAACUCGGCACAAUUGCCAACUACCGCGAAACCGUCGGGUAAUCUUAAUUCGAUUGUUUCGUGAAUACUUAUAUUUAAAAUAACCCAUCAACAAUAGAAAAAGCAAAAGUUGUUAACUUUGGCAAUGGUAAUGUGUCCUCUGCGCCUGGGUUUCGGUCCUAGCUGGCGCGAUGGGUGUGAGCAUGUGCUGAUAUCGACCCUGGUCCAAUGCCUUUCCUGUGCCCCUUCAAGCAUUGAACGCUCUCCGCGCUUUUCCUUCUGGUUACUGGUAGUUCUCCGAGUUCUCUGAUACCCUGAAGCAAGUCCCGGACCAGAUGCCGCUGGAUAUUGGCAAUUCAAUGGACUUCACUAAAAUACUUUAACCCGCGAGCAAAACCAGAGCCGUCCUCCAGUUUAGUUAAUGACUGAAAUGAUCGCUUUUAUUUGGACGCCCUCUGUUACCCAUCUUAAACCUCAUCAGCAGCAAGGGGUCCGUCAUCUCCUCGCCUUUGUGUCAUGAAGCAUGCGCCGAGCAUUUUUUUUAAUGUAUGGGUUCAUAUAACGCCAUCGAUUAUAGUUUUACGUGACGGUAAUAUAAUGUAUAUAACAAGUAUUGUACACUAUUACUUUGUACUUACGGAAUAUGUAAAUAAAAGUCAGUUUUCAUUAAAAAAAAAACACAA